GCUCUAGGCCGAGCGGGAGGUCGGGGCUGCGGGCGCUCGCUGGUGGCGGAUCAGGAGGUGGCUGCGGUGGCGGGGCUCCGCGGCCGGGGUCGAAUCCGAUCGGGAGCCAUGAGCGUGGACAAGGCCGAGCUCUGCGGGUCUCUGCUCACCUGGUUGCAGACGUUCCACGUCCCGUCCCCCUGUACCAGGCCCCAGGACCUGAGUAGUGGCCUCGCCAUAGCCCAUGUGCUGAACCAGAUAGAUCCUUCCUGGUUCAACGAGGCGUGGCUCCAGGGCAUCUCAGAUGACCCAGGUCCCAACUGGAGGCUGAAGGUCAGCAACCUGAAGACCAUCUUACAGAGCUUGGUGGAGUAUUCCCAGGAUGUCCUGGGGCAUCCUGUUUUGGAGCAGCACUUUCCGGACGUGAGCCUCAUUGGCGAGUUUUCAGACCCAGAAGAGCUUGGCAAGCUGCUUCAGCUGGUGCUUGGCUGUGCCAUCAGUUGCGAGAAGAAGCAGGAGCACAUCCAGAGAAUCAUGACGCUGGAGGAAUCAGUUCAACAUGUGGUAAUGGAAGCCAUCCAGGAGCUCAUGACCAAAGACACCCCUGACUCCCUGUCACCAGAAACAUAUGGGAACUUUGAUAACCAGUCCCGAAGGUACUACUUCCUGAGCGAGGAGGCUGACGAGGGGGAUGAGUUGCGGCAGCGCUGUCUGGACCUGGAGCGGCAGCUGGUGCUCCUGUCCGAGGAGAAGCAGAGCCUGGCCCAGGAGAAUGCGGCGCUGCGGGGGCGGGUGGGCCGGCCGGAGGGUGAGGGCGCCCCUGGCCUCACUGCCAAGAAGCUGUUGCUGCUGCAGUCCCAGCUGGAGCAGCUGCAGGAGGAGAACUUCAGGCUGGAGAACGGCAGGGAAGAUGAGCGCCUGCACUGUGCCGAGCUGGAGCGGGAGGUCUCUGAGCUGCAGCAGCGGAACCAGGCGCUGACCAGUCUGGCCCAGGAGGCGCAGGCGCUGAAGGAUGAGAUGGAUGAGCUGCGGCAGUCCUCUGAGCGUGCUGGGCAGCUGGAGGCCACGCUGAGCAGCUGUCGGCGCCGGCUGGGGGAGCUGCGGGAGCUGAGGCGGCAGGUGCGGCAGCUGGAGGAGCGCAACGCCGGCCAUGCCGAGCGCACCCGGCAGCUGGAGGAUGAGCUCCGCCGGGCCGGCUCGCUCCGUGCUCAGCUCGAGGCACAGCGACGACAGGUUCAGGAACUGCAGGGCCAGAGGCAGGAAGAGGCCAUGAAGGCCGAGAAAUGGCUAUUCGAGUGUCGAAAUCUGGAGGAGAAGUAUGAGUUGGUGACAAAGGAGAAGGAGCGGCUGCUGGCAGAGAGGGACUCCUUGCGGGAGGCCAAUGAGGAACUGCGCUGCGCCCAGCUGCAGCCUCGGGGGCUGACCCAGGCUGACCCCUCGCUGGAUCCCACCUCACCAGCUGUGGAAAACUUAGCAGCAGAGAUCCUACCUGCAGAGCUGAGGGAGACGCUCCUGCGGCUUCAGCUAGAGAACAAGCAGCUGUGCCAGCAGGAGGCGGCCUACCGGGAGCGGCAGGAGGAGCUGCAGCGCCACCUAGAGGACGCCAACCGCGCGCGCCACGGGCUGGAGACGCAGCUGCGGCUGAACCAGCAGCAGCUGUUGGAGCUGCGGGCCCAGGUGGAGGACCUGCAGAAGGCCUUGCAAGAGCAGGGGGGCAAGACUGAGGAUUCCAUUGUAAGUACCGUGUGCCCAGGGUGGCACCCCCUACCCUCACCCCGGGAAGGAGUUGGGACCUCUGGACCCGCAUUCACCCAGUGCCUGUUCUCUCCCCCAGUCCGCCCUGCUGAAGAGGAAGCUGGAGGAACAUCUGUGAGUCCCAGAGGGAGGGCAUUCCUGGUGGUGGGGGGAAAGGCUGGGGCACAGAUGUGGGGGUCAUUUGCUGUCUAUGGGGACUUAUUUAUGAGGAGAGCUAAUUAGCCAACACGGAGAAGGCUCAGAUCAAGUAGGGUCUUGGGGGCCAAGGGAAGGAGUAUGAACUGUUUGGGGGGAACAAUGGGGAGCCAUGGAGGGAAUUGCAGUAGGGUAGUAUGACAAAGUGACAAUCACCUUUUACUUUUUACAUUGUUAAAAAAGACACU